AUGUUCAGCAGAACAAGCAGCCCAUUCCUCAGCUUGCGGUACUCGGCCCGGGCCGUCUUCUCUGCGUGGUCGUUCAAUUUUGCCACCAAACCGCAUGAUGUAUCGACAACCACGAAGAAGCAUCUUGAGGUCUAUGUGGCCCACUGCGGAUUCGCGAAGAAAAUGACGCAUGGUGCUCGACGCGAGGAUGUCUAUGGAGAGGAUGCGUGCUUUGUCAGUUCCCACAAGGGCACACAUGUGGUCGGAGUGGCUGACGGUGUCGGUGGUUGGAAUGCACAAGGCGUCGACCCAUCAUUAUUCUCGAGUCGACUGAUGUUCGAGUGCAAGCAAGUCGCCGAAACUGGAGCUUUUGAGCCCACCCGCCCCCAGAUGAUCCUCGACAAAGCUUUCACCGCGCUCAAGGCCGCCGCCAAGGAAAUUCUCGGUUCAUCUACUGCAUGCCUGGCCGUGAUCCACGAUGAUGCCUUCCACGCUGCCAAUCUCGGCGACUCCGGCUUUAUCAUUGUGCGUGACGGGAAAAUCUUGUGCCAAAGCAAGGAGCAACUGCACUUCUUCAACGCGCCCUUCCAGCUGUCAAGCCACCCACCAGGCGGGCGCUUCUUGAGCAAUUUACCGAAACAGGCCGACGAAUAUCAUCUCAAGUUGCGGACUGGUGAUGUGAUCAUGUUGGCAACAGACGGCCUAUGGGACAAUGUGCCAGUGGAAACGAUCGUCGAUGAAAUGAGCCGCCUGAACAGCCCCAAGAAGCUGGAAUCGGUUUGCAAAACGAUUGCAUUGACUGCACUUCAAUUAUCCGCCGACCCGAGGCCCUCGCCAUUCGCUUUGAAGGCACGUGCGCAAGGGCGGAUGUAUCAAGGUGGAAAGCCAGAUGAUAUCACUAUUGUUUUACUUUACGUUCUU